AAAAUAAAAAUAUAUUGUGCUUCAUUUUCUUCGUCUUACUCUCUCUUUCUUUCUUUCCUUCCUUCCGCUUUGUCUCGACCGAAACCCUCGUCAUCUUCCAAUCUUCCAUUUCCGACCCAAAACCCUAACAAUUCGAACACCAACAAAAUCUCACAGAAGACGAUACUCCAGGAGACCACCAAGUGAAUCGGUUCGGUGCCAUGGUGCGAGUCGCUUAGUUGAAUCGGAGGGGGCCUUGAGGAUCUAACUCGGCGGCGAUUGGAUUGACUUCUCCUUUCGGCCUGCGCUAAUGGGUGCUGCGGGUUCCAAACUCGAGAAAGCUCUGGGCGACCAAUUUCCCGAAGGCGAGCGAUACUUCGGUCUUGAGAAUUUCGGCAACACUUGCUACUGUAAUAGCGUUUUGCAGGCACUAUAUUUUUGUGUUCCAUUCCGCGAACAGUUGUUAGAAUACUAUUCGAAUUCCAAAAAUAUUGGGGAUGCAGAAGAAAAUCUCUUGACGUGUUUAGCUGAUUUGUUUAGCCAGAUAAGUUCGCAGAAGAAGAAAACGGGGGUCAUUGCUCCUAAGCGCUUUGUACAGAGAUUGAAAAAACAAAACGAACUUUUCCGUAGCUACAUGCACCAGGAUGCCCAUGAGUUUUUGAAUUUCUUGCUGAAUGAGCUUGUUGAUAUAUUGGAAAAAGAGGCUCAAGCAGCAAAAAGUGAUCAAGAAUCUUCAUCUCCUCCUGAUACAGUAGCCAAUGGGCCAAGAAAUGGUAUGGUCAAUGGUACUAAAAAAGAGCCAUUAGUCACCUGGGUGCACAAAAAUUUUCAGGGAAUCCUCACCAACGAGACAAGAUGCUUGCGGUGUGAGACAGUGACAGCAAGGGAUGAGACCUUUUUUGACUUGAGCCUUGAUAUCGAACAGAACAGUUCAAUAACCAGCUGUUUGAAGAACUUCAGUUCUACAGAGACAUUGAAUGCUGAGGAUAAAUUUUUCUGUGAUAAGUGCUGCAGUUUGCAAGAAGCACAGAAGAGGAUGAAGAUAAAGAAGCCACCUCACAUCUUGGUAAUCCAUCUAAAGCGUUUCAAAUAUAUCGAACAGCUUGGACGCUACAAGAAGCUGUCUUAUCGGGUUGUCUUCCCCCUUGAGCUGAAGCUGAGCAACACAGUUGAAGAUGCAGACUCUGAGUACUCCCUUUUUGCUGUUGUUGUGCACGUUGGGAGUGGGCCAAACCACGGACACUAUGUCAGUCUUGUGAAGAGCCAUAACCACUGGUUAUUUUUUGAUGACGAAAAUGUUGAGAUGAUAGAUGAGUCUGCUGUGCAAACAUUCUUUGGAUCAGCACAGGAGUACUCAAGUAACACAGAUCACGGGUACAUCUUGUUCUACGAGAGCCUUGGCUCCAGCAUUAAGAGCUAAAGAGGAAUUUGAAUUUAAGAGGGUUAGGAUAUUUUAGUUAUUGGACACACUUUACUCGUGUUUUUCAUAUUCUAAUUUGUUUCCUCUUUCUCUUUUUUUCCUUUUUUUUCGUCCCUUUUCAACCUGUGGAAAGAGCUGUGAAAUAUCAAUUGAGUUAUGGGUUGUCAAAAGUGUAUACUUAGGUGACAUGUACAGCGGAUGGUGAAAGCAUUACUUUUUUUUUUCUUUUCUCAUAAUAAGAGGAAAAGGAGCAGUGUACAUGUUGUGUGAGAGGUCUUCACAUAGACAAGUUUGUAUUUGAUGAGAACAACAUUAGAAUUGCAAUGCAAUUGGGAAUUUGCUCAUUACUAAUAUCUAGUAGUGAGAAGAGUAAACUUUUAGGCAA